UAGAGGAAUAGUGGGAAAGAUAGGGCCUUGGAUAGACUCAGUCCACACCAAGAAGAGUGUUUACAGAGUUAAGGGAUACAAGAGCACAGAGAGGGGAAAGAGUGUUGGUAAUAGGGAAGUAAUUGAGAUUUGGCAGAUGUCAUGGACCAAUUUAAUGGAUUGUAAAAUUGAUUGAUGUGGUUAAGAAGUGGGCAGGAGAGGCUUUUACCUGAGGACGCAAAGUGAGACACUACAAAGAUUGGACCAUACAGUGAGCGGAGUGAGUGAAGAAAGGCCACAGUUUUUUGCUAUCGCUUGGAAGUUAUACACCGAUUUGGAUUGUUACCAUGGGAAACGCAGCAACAUGUAAGGCCUGUGGAACAGAUAAAGGUUUGAAGACCACUGGGAGUGACAACGAUUUAAACCAUCACACUGACUACUACGGAAAAACUGACUCUGGAUCUGAAGUUGAUGAUUCACUGUCCGACAGUAACACCAGUUUCCUGAGGGCUGCCAGAGCGGGGAACAUUGACAAAGUCCUGGACUUCCUGAAAAACGGAGUAGACAUUAGCACCUGUAACCAGAAUGGUCUCAACGCACUACAUCUGGCGGCAAAGGAAGGACACAAGGACUUAGUUGAGGAACUGUUGGAGAGAGGAGCACCUGUUGACUCUCCCACCAAGAAAGGAAACACUGCCCUCCAUAUUGCCGCAUUGGCCGGACAAGAAGAAGUAGUCAGACUACUGGUGAAGAGAGGAGGAGAUGUCAACACUCAGUCACAGAAUGGCUUCACUCCACUCUACAUGGCAGCCCAGGAGAAUCACUUGGAUGUGGUGCGAUACAUGUUGGAAAAUGAAGGGAACCAAAGCAUUGCAACUGAGGAUGGUUUCACUCCUCUGGCCAUCGCGCUCCAGCAGGGCCACGACUCUGUGGUCUCCCUGCUGUUGGAGCAUGACACCAAGGGCAAGGUCCGCCUCCCUGCCCUGCAUAUAGCAGCCCGCAAAGACGACACCAAGUCUGCCGCACUGCUGCUGCAGAACGACCACAACGCUGACGUCCAGUCCAAGAUGAUGGUCAAUAGAACCACAGAGAAUGGGAAGCAGAGCGGGUUUACCCCUCUGCACAUCGCGGCUCACUAUGGUAACGUGAAUGUCUCCACCCUGUUGCUGAACAGAGGAGCUGCUGUGGACUUCACAGCCAGGAAUGGAAUAACACCUCUCCAUGUGGCCUCCAAGAGGGGCAACACUAACAUGGUGGCCCUGCUGUUGGACCGUGGGAGUCAGAUAGAUGCCAAAACCAGGGAUGGGCUGACCCCUCUGCACUGUGCAGCCAGGAGUGGACAUGACCCAGCAGUGGAAAUUCUGCUGGAGAGAGGAGCUCCCAUCUUAGCCAGAACCAAGAACGGACUGUCCCCACUACACAUGUCAGCCCAGGGAGACCACGUAGAGUGUGUAAAAUUCCUGUUGCAGCACAAGGCGCCUGUUGAUGAUGUCACACUGGACUACCUUACAGCGCUGCAUGUUGCCGCUCACUGCGGCCACUACAGAGUCACCAAACUUCUGCUGGACAAGAAAGCAAAUCCCAAUAUUCGAGCACUGAAUGGUUUCACUCCUCUCCACAUUGCCUGUAAGAAGAACAGAGUGAAGGUGAUGGAACUGUUGGUCAAAUAUGGAGCCUCCAUUCAGGCCAUUACUGAGUCUGGUCUGACUCCCAUCCAUGUAGCUGCUUUCAUGGGCCACCUCAACAUUGUUUUACUACUGCUUCAGAAUGGCGCAUCUCCUGACGUCCGUAACAUUCGUGGCGAGACAGCUCUCCACAUGGCAGCACGAGCAGGUCAGAUGGAAGUGGUUCGCUGUCUGCUGAGGAAUGGAGCGUUGGUGGAUGCCAUAGCCAGGGAGAACCAGACUCCCCUCCACAUAUCGUCCCGUUUGGGGAAAACUGACAUUGUCCAGCUUCUGCUGCAGCACAUGGCUCAUCCAGAUGCUGCCACCACCAACGGCUACACUCCCCUCCAUAUUUCAGCGAGGGAAGGUCAAGAGGAGACGGCUGCCGUGCUUCUGGAGGCCGGAGCCUCACACUCACUGGGCACAAAGAAAGGAUUCACUCCGUUACAUGUAGCAGCUAAGUAUGGGAGCCUCGAUGUAGCAAAACUUCUCCUUCAACGCAAAGCUCUCCCUGAUGACGCUGGCAAGAAUGGCCUGACUCCUCUACAUGUGUCAGCUCAUUAUGACAACCAAGAAGUAGCUCUGCUGCUGCUGGAGAAAGGAGCAUCGCCUCACACAACUGCAAAGAAUGGCUACACUCCUCUCCAUAUCGCAGCCAAAAAGAACCAAACAAAAAUUGCUUUAGCACUGCUGCAGUAUGAAGCAGAGACCAACGUUCUGACCAAGCAGGGAGUCAGCCCGCUACACCUGGCAGCCCAGGAAGGACAUGCUGAGAUGGCCAGCCUGCUGCUGGGCAAAGGAGCUCACGUCAACACAGGCAACAAGACCGGACUGACGUCUCUGCAUCUCGCUGCCCAAGAAGACCGAGUCAGUGCAGCAGAAGUACUCGCCAAACACGAUGCCAACUUGGAUCAGCAAACUAAGCUUGGAUAUACCCCUCUGAUAGUUGCUUGUCACUAUGGAAAUGCAAAGAUGGUGAACUUCCUGUUACAGCAAGGAGCCAGUGUCAACGCCAAAACCAAGAAUGGAUAUACACCCCUUCACCAGGCAGCACAACAAGGGAAUACACACAUUAUCAACAUGUUGCUACAACAUGGCGCCAAGCCCAAUGCUACCACAGCGAAUGGAAACACUGCUCUGACGAUUGCCAGACGUCUGGGCUACAUCUCUGUAGUGGACACACUUAAAGUCGUCACUGAGGAGGUCAUCACUACCACAACGACGGUCACAGAGAAACACAAGCUCAAUGUUCCUGAGACCAUGACGGAAAUCCUUGAUGUGUCUGAUGAAGAAGGUGAGGACACUAUGACAGGGGAUGGAGGAGAGUAUCUGAGACCGGAGGAUCUCAGAGAGCUGGGUGAUGACUCUCUGCCCGGACACUACCUGGACAGCUUCAGCUACAUGAGCCACAACCUGGACAGGCCGCAGCUUACUCCCAUUCACCAGAGUUUCCAUCAGAGAGAGGGAGUUCUCAUUGAAGACAUGCUGACAAGCCACCAGGUGUCAGCCCUGUCCAGAGAGCAGGAUAAGGACUCGUUCCGUCUGAGCUGGGGUGCUGAGCACCUUGAUAAUGUGGUGCUGUCCUCCAGUCUGCUACACUCUGGCCAUUCUUCUCCGUGCCUAGACCAUGACAACAGCAGCUUCCUUGUCAGCUUCAUGGUCGAUGCCAGGGGUGGGGCCAUGCGUGGUUGCCGUCACAAUGGCCUUCGAAUCAUUGUGCCACCAAGAAAGUGUUCUGCUCCCACGCGAGUGACAUGCAGGCUGGUGAAGAGACACCGUCUGGCCUCUAUGCCCCCAAUGGUGGAGGGUGAGGGGAUGGCUGGGCGAAUCAUUGAAGUGGGGCCCACUGGAGCCCAGUUCUUGGGUAAGCUCCACCUUCCCACAGCUCCGCCCCCUCUAAAUGAGGGUGAGAGCUUGGUCAGUCGCAUCCUGCAGCUGGGUCCUCCAGGAACCAAGUUCCUCGGGCCUGUGAUCGUGGAGAUCCCCCAUUUUGCAGCUCUGCGGGGAACAGAGAGAGAGCUAGUGAUCCUAAGGAGUGAGACAGGGGAGAGCUGGAGGGAACACCACUGUGACUUCACUGAAGAGGAACUGAACCAAAUACUUAAUGGCAUGGAUGAAAAACUUGAUUCCCCUGAGGAGCUUGAGAAGAGAAGAAUCUGUCGUAUCAUCACCCGCGACUUCCCACAGUAUUUUGCGGUGGUGUCACGGAUAAAGCAGGACAGCCAUUUGAUUGGACCAGAGGGCGGGGUCCUCAGUAGCACUCUUGUGCCACAAGUCCAGGCAGUCUUCCCUGAAGGAGCCCUCACCAAAAAGAUCAGAGUUGGGCUACAGGCUCAACCCAUUGAUGUUGAGGUGGUGCGAAAGAUUCUUGGUAACAAAGCCACAUUCAGCUCAAUUGUCACAUUGGAGCCACGAAGGAGAAAGUUCCACAAACCAAUCACAAUGACCAUCCCUAUUCCCAAGAGCUCCAAUAGUGAUGGCCAAAGCGGAGUAUACAGUGGAGAUGUCCCUACUUUACGUUUGCUUUGCAGCAUUACAGGUGGGACCACUCCUGCUCAAUGGGAAGACAUCACUGGCUCCACGCCUCUCACCUUUGUUAACCAAUGUGUGUCCUUCACCACAAAUGUGUCAGCGAGGUUCUGGCUAAUAGACUGCAGACAGAUCCAGGAGUCUGUUAGCUUUGGCUCACAGCUGUACAGAGAGAUCAUCUGUGUUCCAUACAUGGCAAAGUUUGUCAUUUUUGCUAAGACACUGGACCCUAUCGAGGCCCGCCUGCGCUGUUUCUGCAUGACAGACGACAAGAUGGACAAGACCCUGGAGCAGCAAGAGAACUUCACUGAAGUCGCCCGUAGCCGAGAUGUUGAGGUGCUAGAGGGAAAACCCAUAUUUGCUGACUGCUUUGGAAACCUGGUGCCUCUUACCAAGAGUGGACAACACCAUGUGUUCAGCUUCUAUGCUUUCAAAGAAAACAGACUGGCCCUCUUCAUCAAAAUCAGAGACACAGCACAGGAGCCAUGUGGUCGCUUGUCCUUCACCAAGGAACCGCGUACAUAUCGUACUCUUAACCAUACUGCUAUCUGCAACCUUAACAUCACUCUCCCAACAUACUCAAAGGAGUCUGAUUCCGACCAAGAUGCAGAUGACGAGAGUGAAAGAAGUGAUAAAAAAUAUGAUGAGUCUGAAUCAACUGAGACAUUCUCCCUGAGAACUAACCAACCUCUUGACCCUGCAACCCUUGCAAGCCCAGACCUUCUCUCGGAAAUAUCGGACAUCAAAAUGUCUGCUAAUUUGACUGCUGAGCAAAUGGAGCACUCAAUAUAUGAGGAGAGAGCUGGAGCUAGAGGGUUGGAAGACAAAGAGCCUUUGUCUAUUUUGUCAGAAGAAAGGGAGGAAAAGGUUGGAGGGAUUCAAAAAUGUGGCCUAAACGAUAGUAGACAUGAAGUUCAACGAGAUAAUGCUCAAAAAGAGAAAAGGGGUGCAAUCUAUGAGACUACGACUGUUGAAAUAAAUUAUCACCCUUUCGAGGAACAAGUCUUACAGGAGAUGUGCAUUGAGGGGAAGACAAGUAGGUCCGCCCCAGAGGUCAGAAACAUGACUGGUCUGGUCUCAAGCCUCAGCAUCGACAUGGACCAAUACAUGGAACAGAGACCUGUAGUGACAUUUAGUUCUCAAGAAGAUCUUGUCCAAGAUAGAUUUGAACAGGUUAUUAAAGACCGCGACGGCAAACGACGUCCUCCAGUUAUCAAGAAACCUAUUAGGAAGAAACUUAGAGACAGAGAGCGUUCUGGGUGCAGCAGCUCCGAGGGUGAGAUGGAAAGGAUGAGUUCUGAGGAGUCUUUAGAUGGCGAUGUUGUUCUUAAGGAAAGUGCCCUUGUACCCACCACAGUUAUGGAUCCUCCAGCUUCUCCUUUAGUGGUUGAGACAUCUAUAGGAUCAAUACAGGACAGAGUUAAAGCUUUACAGAACACAUUUGAAGAUGAGAAAGUGCAACAACAUUCUCAGGAACCAAUUCCUCUGGGAAAAUCUUCUAUUGACACAACAAAGAAAAAGGCAGACAUGCCCGAACUUCCGAGAGUUCCCAAGUCCCCUAAAUCACCUAGAUCUCAGACAGAGAGAUUAGAGGAGACAAUGUCUGUCAAGGAACUGAUGAGCGCAUUUCAGACUGGACAGGACCCUUCAAAAAAUAAAGUUGGCCUCUUCGAGCAUAAAGCAGUGGCCUCUUCUUGUAUUUCAACAUUGAUAUCUGAAUCAGGAGAUUCUGAUGAAAUACAGAGGACAGAAGAAAGACCAAUGGAGGAGCCAAAAUCACAAACCCAAACUCAAAUCCUCACAACUUCCUAUAAAGAGAUAGAUGAUGAACCUGUAAGCCUAUUUAGAGACAACUCUCAUGAAAAUGUCAUUUCGAAUAGUGCUUAUUAUGGAAAGACUGUACAUGUUUCUGAUCAAAUUCAAGGUGACGAUUCAAGCAUUAGUCCACAGAGAGAGGCACACGAGAUGUCAAAGGAGGAGACCAUGUCUGUCAAGGAACUGAUGAGCGCAUUUCAGACUGGACAGGACCCUUCAAAAAAUAAAGUUGGCCUCUUCGAGCAUAAAGCAGUGGCCUCUUCUUGUAUUUCAACAUUGAUAUCGGAAUCAGGAGAUUCUGAUGAAAUACAGAGGACAGAAGAAAGACCAAUGGAGGAGCCAAAACCACAAACUCAAAUCCUCACAACUUCCUAUAAAGUGAUAGAUGAUGAACCUGUAAGCCUAUUAAGAGACAACUCUCAUGAAAAUGUCAUUUCAAAUAGUGCUUAUUAUGGAAAGACUGUACAUGUUUCUGAUCAAAUUCAAGGUGAUAAUUCAAGCAUUAGCCCACAGAGAGAGGCACAAGAGAUGUCAAAGGAAGAGACCAUGUCUGUCAAGGAACUAAUGAGCGCAUUUAAGACUGGACAGGACCCUUCAAAAAAUAAAGCUGGCCUCUUUGAGCAUAAAGCAGUGGCCUCUUCUUCUAUUUCAACAUUGAUAUCUGAAUCAGGAGAUUCUGAUGAAAUACAGAGGACAGAAGAAAGACCAAUGGAGGAGACCAUGUCUGUGAAGGAAGUGAUGAAAACAUUCCAGACUGGGAGUGAUUCCUCAAUAACUAAAGUAGGGCUACUUGAAAACAAAGUUGAGUCUUCUUGCAUUUUAACAUCAAUGUCUGAAUCAGAAGAUUCUGUAGGGAUUUGCACAACUGAACAAAGUGCUACACAAUUCCAAACUAAGAGCCUCUCAGUGUUCCAUCCUCAGAGUGAGGUCAAGAAGUGUGAAACAGGCCUGGAGGAUCAACCAGUUAGUUUAAUCAGAGAUAACUCUGAUGAAUCACAGUUGAUUUCAGAUUGCAGCUUGACUUUUAGAAAGACGGUAACAUUUGCUGAAACAGUCAAAUGUGAUGAAGACGCUGAGUUGUCAGAGAAGGACACCAUGUCUGUUAAAGAGCUGAUGAAAACAUUCCAGACUGGGCAUGAUCCCUCAAAAACUAAGGAAGGGCUUUUUGAACACAAACCUGUUGCUUCUGCUUCUAUUUCAACAAUCAUAUCUGAAUCAGGAGAUUCUAAAGAGAUUCAAGCAACUGAACACGGUGCUAAAGAAGGGACAAAAUCACAAACCCUAACUCAGAAUCUCACAAUUUUACACCAACAGAGUGAUGCCAACAGCUCUUGCUCAACAGAACCAGAGGAUCAACCAGUCAGCUUAAGCAGAGAUAACUCUGAAGAAUCACAGACAAUUUCAGAUAGGGCCUAUUUUGGAAAGACGGUAACAUUUGCUGAAACAGUCAAAUGUGAUGAAGACGUUGGCCCACAGAAAGAGACAUCUGAGUUGUCAGAGAAGGACACCAUGUCUGUAAAAGAGCUGCUGAAAACAUUCCAGACUGGGCAUGAUCCCUCAAAAACUAAAGCUGGACUUUCUGAACACAAAGCUGACACUUCUUGCAUUUCAACAUUGAUACCUGAAUCAGAAGAUUUUGAAGAAAUACAAUCGACUGAACAAAGUGCUAUGCAGGAGCCCAAAUCACAAACCCACACAGCUGACAGCGUCAGAAAUGCCCACGAGGAAUUAGAGACCAUUUCAGAUGUUGUAAAGACAGUCAAAUUUACUGAAACACUUUCAUGUGACGAUGGUAGUAUAAGUCCACAGACAGAGGCACCAGAGUUGUCAGGGACAGCGACAUCGUCUGUAAAGGACCUGAUGAAAGCAUUCCAGACUGGACAAGACCUUUCAAAAAGUAAAGCUGGGAUAAGUGCACACAAAUCCAUUGCUUCUUCUUGUAUUUCAACAACAAUAUCUGAAUCAGAAAGGCCUGAAGACAUACAGACAACUGAACACGGUCCCACACAGGCGCCAACAUUGCAAGCAAUAACCUUAAAGAGAGAUAACUCUGAGGAGUUACAACUCGUUUCAGAUAUUGCUUAUUUCGGAAAGACAGUGGAAAUUGAUGAUACAGUUCAGUUUGAUGAUGGAAAGGUUAGCCCUAACAGAGAAGAGUCAGAGUUUUCAGGGAAUGACUGGGGCAAGAUGCAGUUGGAAAAACCACACAUAAGCACCAGUAGAAGUUUAUCUGAAGACAUGCAUAUCAGCCCUGAUCGCAGACCUUCUGAGGAUUUCAGUGCUGAUAUAAAAGCUGAGCUGGAAGAAAGCCCCGAGUACCAGCUUUUUAAGAGAACAUCAACAGCUGAAGAUGUAAGCAAUCAGCGGGAGGUAUCCGAGGAUGAAACCAUAGCUGAUUCUAAUACAAAUCCAGCCCCCAUCUCUAGUCCCUGUUUAAAAAGCUAUUUUGGGGGACGUGCUUCUCCUAUUGAAAAUCAAAUAAAAGAUGAUAAUCCAAGUCCUGAGAAUCCUGAGCAUCAAGAUAUGGCUGAUUCCUUAAUCGCUGAUGUUGAUAUUAGGACACCUCAUGCCAGCCCAGAGGAAAGUGACUACUAUCAAGGACUCGCAGUGACACAUCAACAGACCAAUGAAAUGCUUGCUUACUCUACUAAAAGAGAGAAAACAGACAUCAUGCCUUCACAGGAAAAAAUACUUCAUGAAGCAAGCAGAGAUGAUACAAAGAUUGAUUAUGGGAGCAAAACAUUUAUUACACAAACUGACACUAAGGUAACAGAGGUGGAAAUCAAGGAGCCACUUCAUCAAGAAGUCCACAUUGAGAGGAACACAUUUAGCCAGGCACCCAAUGCAGUAAAAGAUAUGUCAGGGAUGUUGUCUUUAAUGAACAGGGACUUGGAUCAGUAUCUAAAAGCAAGGCCUGUAGUAAGUCAGUCACCAGACAUGGAUAUUGUUCAAGAAACAUUUGAACAAAUUAUUUUAACAAAGGAAAAAGAUAAAGUAAUUCUUACAUUUGUCAAUAGUGAAAAUAACGGAGCAGUAGGGGGAACAGCAGGGAGCACAACACAAAAACCAGAUCACGCACCAGCAGAAGAACAUCCAAUUACAUGGGGUGAUGAAAAAAUAGACAGUGAAUUUAAAGAAGCCAAAAAAGUGAAAGAGACGUUUGGAAGUUUGUCAGUCUUGAACAAUGAUAUCGAUCAAUAUCUAGAGGCUAUGCCUGUUGCUCGUCCAACAAUAGAAGAGGAUAAUGUGCAGGACACAUUUGAAACUAUCAAAACUUUUACUGCUGAAAAUAAACGAGCAACAGUGGAUGGCACAACACAAGAAACAGUUUUUGUAACAGAAAACGAUAAGGUCACAGAGAGAGAUGAAGAAAUUGAAAGAAGUUUCAAAGAAACCACAGUAACCCUGAAUGAAGAACUACCAAUGGAGGACAAGCAGAGAAAGACUUCAAAUCAGCCAUCUACAAAAGUAAAGGAGAUGUCAGGCAUGCUAUCACUACUCAAUAGUGACAUGGACACGUACCUCAAGGAGAGGCCAGUGAAAUAUAGACCUCAAGUAAAGGACGCAAUCCAGGAGACAUUUGAACAAGUUACCCUCACCAAAAACCAAAAAUCUUCUAAAACACAUCAGUUAAGUAGUACUGACGUGGAUGAUAAUAUAAGUGCAGAAACAUAUGAACAUUCUGAUGUGGUUGAAAUCAAGGAACUUACGCCAGGUUCUGUAUUGGAGACAUCAUUCCAAGAAGUUUGCAUGGAAAUACAUCCGGAAAAGUCUACAACUGAGAGGGAUAUGUCAGGCAUGUUGUCGCUUCUCAGUGGUGACUUGGAUCAAUAUCUCAAAGAAAAGCCAGUGGCAAUACAAUGCCAACCAGAAAAAGCAGAUCUAGUCCAUGAGAGCUACAAACAAGUUAUACUGACGAGUAGUAACUCCGAGGAAAAUAUUGAUGUAAAAGCAAAUGAAGACAGCCAGACCAACGUAGUUAGAGUCACAGAAUUGUCUCCAAGCUCUGUAUAUGAGACACCAUUGGAAGAAGUUUGCAUUCAGAGGAAGUCACAACAAGAAAAGUCUGCAACUGAGAGGGAUAUGUCAGGCAUGUUGUCACUGCUCAGUACGGACUUAAAUCAUUACUUAAAGGAAAAGCCUAUGGUUUUACAAUGUCCCCCAGAAGAGCAGGUAGUCCUUGAGAGCUACACGCAAAUUAUACUAACUAAGGAAACUAACAGGGAAAGUCUUUCAAAUUCCCCUGAACAUAGGAUGUCACCACAAGAAACACACUUAGAAUUUGUGGACUUUAAUGAAAAGAAAACCUUGAAAAGUGGAUGGCAGACAUGUUCCCACGAAGAUGAAGGACCCAAGAGCUUUUCAGCUGAAACAAGUGAGGCUAAAACCUCACCAUGUGCAGCAUCAUAUUUCCAUGACUCUACUGAUGAGGCGUUCUGCAAUACAAAGUCAUAUUUAGCAAUUAAUGACUGUAAUAAUGGUCAUAAAGACACAUAUUUGCAACUACCGAGUAGUUCUGACACAUCACAACGACCGUUUCAUUUGGAGAACUUAAACACUGUGGUUGAUAGUGACCCAAUUAUAAUGGCAUACCAUCAAGACUCGCUAGAGGCAAGUCCUGUAAUGGAGGAUAGAUCUUCAGACAGAUCCCCAGAUUCAAUUGAGCCAAGCCCUAGCAGAGAAUCUCCUUGUCCAGACUCUCUUGAGGGAAGUCCCACUCAAUCUAAAGAGUCAGAAUGUGAGAUUCCAGCCAAAACGGCUGUGUAUGAGGACUAUGCCUCACAGCUUAAAGCAUGUUAUAAUUAUGACAACAAUAUCUACAUGGAUGACAGUGAACGUGGUGAGCCAGAAAUCAACUACGAGAUCAUCCAAAAUGAAAGGGGGAUUAAGGAGGACAUUCAUUCCUGCUCAGAAUCCAUAACUGGCAAUAUGUUUUCUGACAGCAACAUAUGCGACAGCAAGAAUCUUCACAUGUGCAUAAGGCAAGACUCUCUCGAAGCAGACGAUAGUGAGAAUGAUGCCACCAAUAAACAUCUUACCCCAGAAGAGGAUAUGUUCAAAAUGGCAGCAAAGAUCAAAACAUUUGAUGAGAUGGAUCAGGAAUAUAAUAUGAAGAGAGACAAAUUAGAGACAGGGGAUCUCAGAGAAGAUCAUCCAGAUCAAAACCUUCACCCAGGUUUAAAGACCUUCUCACAAAAUACACCUGAGACACUUAGUGAGGCAACAGGUAUUAGUGUUAAAAUCAAAGAGGAGGUGGAAAAUCAGUCACAACUAUCUGUCUUGCGGUCAGCAGAAGGAGGACCGGAUAUAUAUAAAGAUAAAGAUGCUGUAGAAGGUGACCAGCCAUCUGUAACUGAAACACCUUUUACCAGUCACGUGAAAGGUGAGCACCAUUCAGAUGAUGACAACGAAGUUCAGUCACCACUUACAGGUUCAAGUGAUGUUAGUCAAUCUUAUGCUAUGGUGUGUACUGAGGAACAAGAAUCUGUCAUUGCAGGGUUUAAGGCUAAAAAUGAUGCAGUCCUAAAUUCACAGCUUGAGGCUGAGGAACAUAUUAAUAUUAGUCCUUCAGACGACCGUAAAACUCCUGAUGAAACACCUGUUCGAACCCCUAGUGACAAGAGAACCCCUGAUCCAUUCCAGUUUCAAGAGGGAAAGCUUUUUGAAAUGACCAGAGGGGGAGCUAUUGAUAUGACAAGAAGUUUUGAUGAAGGAGAAGCAUAUGCAUUUUUCCAUAUAGGGGAACAUUCAGUGGAUGAAGUUGUACCAAAGAUGACUGGGGAAGGUCAAACAGAGUAUUUAUCUUUCGAGAAUAGUGAUUAUAUUACAGAAACAACUCUUCAAGAGUGUCAGGGUGCCAAUAAAACCAUUCCUACUCCCAAACCCAGAACUCUCAUCAAACACUCAAGUGACAAGUCAGAGAGCGGGAAGCCACUUUGUGAAGCUAAUCUUGGCAGUUCCGUAGAGGUUCAGCUUGGUUCCCCCAGUUCUAUGGAGAGACUUACCAUCAUUCAGAGUGACGCUGGAAAUCUUGAGAGCCUUGGUCUUGGCUAUCUGGACUCUACCAUUGCAGACCUUCAAUCAGAGAUAACAUUAACAGCAACCUCAAAGCAGAGCCAUGGUUCCUCAGAAUCCUCUCCUGAUGAUGAUGAUGAGGAGGAGGAGGAAGAUGAGGAAGAUGAGGAAGAUGAAGAAGAUCAGUGCUCGGUUAUAGAGGUGUCCUCAGCAUAUCAUCAUGAUUCCCCUCCACAUUCAGAAAUAACCUUGAAAGACUCACAGAAUUCUGAGGUUGAUUGCGUUAAAAAGAAAUUAGACACAAGCUCAACUUUGGAACGUAGGACUAGAUCUGAGGCGGAUAGCGACACAAAUCAAUCCUCUAUUAAAGCCCACAGGAGUUAUUCUGACAGUAGUCAACCAAUUGAUAAAUCCAGCCUUUCCCCUUCCAAAUGUCCUGUUAUGAUGCAACAGAAAUCUCCAACUCAGAGAAUCUCCUCCUUUCACCAAAAGAAAGGAGUCCAACUCUCUACAACAACAGACACAUCUGUUAGGUCUUUGGAUGCUGAUGAUCUGUAUAGUCCAGACUCUGUUAUCUUCACUUAUGACAUCCCAGCCUCACACAGUUCUGAUUCUGAAGGCAAUUUGUUGCCAGUGGUGCAACCAUCUUCUGGGAGAGAAGAUGUUUUUGAAUCAAGGCCUGCCUGGGAUGACACAGUGGAAACUCAGAUGCAGAGAAACAACGAUGAGCCAUCUCCAAAAUGUAUGCCAGUGGAUUGGCAGGAUGAUGCUGACAGGAAAGAGGAGACAUUAGCUAUCGUUGCAGAUCUUCUUGGUUUCAGCUGGACUGAACUGGCAAGAGAACUGGAAUUCAGUGAAGAUGAUAUUAAAUUAGUGCGAACAAAGAAUCCUAAUUCCCUCCAAGAGCAGAGCCAUGCCUUGCUGCAGCGCUGGGUUGAGCGGGAAGGCAAACAUGCCACAGAGGACUGUCUUAUUAAGAGACUAACCAAGAUCAACCGCAUGGACAUUGUCCAUCUCAUUGAAACCCAGAUGAACAAGUCAGUUCAAGAGCAAACAUCUAGAACAUAUGCAGAGAUCGAGAAGACACUGGAUCACAGUGAAGUGUCAGUAGCCCUAUCUUUAGUUCAAGAGGAUGCAGACAGCCCCCGAAUCGUAAGAAGGGUGGAGUCAGACCGCAGACCACCCCCAGCUGUUUCUGAAGAGGACCUAUCAGUUGCUUCGCUACUGGAUAUUACUUCCUGGGCAGAGCCUGCUGGACACACGCACUCAGAGAGCAUGCAUGGUGACCUGUUGGAGGACCUUGAGAUCCCACAUGAAUUGAACCCUAACCUGUGGACCUCUGAGGAUUUUAUUACACAAGAACCUACAAGUAAUGAUCAUUCUAAUGAGCAAGUUUCACCAGCAUCUUUGAGGACAAACGUUUCAGAAUCUUCAAAACAAAAACAAGUUCAUUUAGAAAAGAGUCAAGAAUGUCCGACUGAGAAACCAUCUUUGGUACAUGAUUCAAACUCAAUUUGCACUGAAAAACUAGAAUUAGCACUUCCAGGUAACUACGAACUAAGUAAAACACAAUCUGAUAUCACAUUGACCAAGCCAAGAAACUCACUACAGGAAAAAGAUCAAAUGCUGACAUCCCCCAAACAAAGCGAAAAGUCUGACUCAGCAAAACCCAGCCCAGCAACCCCAGGCUCACUAUGUCAGAUAGCUCAAGAAAGUCCAGAUGACCAAAUCCUGAUGUCCUCAGAGUCCACUCCAACACCACCAGAGACUGGGUCCCCUAAGCUUGACCAGCUGCUGUCAGAUCUGGAGAAGAUGAAACUUAAAUUCAGACCAGAGACACUUGACCCCCAAUUGUCAGAAUUGAGUGAUGAAAGCCCUCAGGCAGAUGACAUUUACGAGUUUGAAGGCCUUUCACCUGAAAAUAUCAUCCCUACAGAUGAAAGUCAUGACCUAAGAGUCAGCAUGCCAACUGCUACACAGCUUGGAGAAGAUACUAACUUAAAAAAUGUAGCCAUCACAGAACCUGGACAUUUCCAGACACCAAUUCAAGAUGAACCCGAAAUAAUCUCAGUCACUCCUCAUUUUACAGAAACCUCUGAAGAAACAGCACCAUCAAGCCUUGGAAGUCGUAAGGAUAGUCCUGUACCCCUUACUGACUCUCUUUCAACUCCAGAAUCUCCCAAUAGAGAUUUUGAUGAGAUGGAAUCACUGAACUUAAGUAUUCCUGUGAACAAAUUCCAUUUCAACACUUAUGACGAAAAUGCCACUGAGAUGUUUUCUUCAGUGUCUUUUCCCAAGGUAGCUGCAAAGAGUAUGUCUGAAAUACCUCAGGAUAAUGUUUCUGAGGAAGAUUCUACACAUAUUUUACUUCAAAACCGGGAAGAACUGGAAUCAGCUACAUCAUCUAAAGAUUCAAUGGGUUUGACAGAAGAAAUAUCAACACAGAGUAUUCAACUUCCACUUUUAUGGGAGGAUACUUUUUUGGAAUCCAUUCAGACUGACGAUGUCUCCUCUCAGUCUGUUCCUGAUUUAACUCCAGAGACAGUUAUAUCCACAAGACAUUUUUGUUUUGAGGAACUUAUGACACCUACCUCCCCAGGGAAUUUGGAGAAAUCUUCAGAUGAGGAUAGGCCAAAUACCAGUGGACGGCAUUCAGAAGAAUCUCUGACUUCAGUAGACUCAGAUUUUUUUGUCUCUCAGUCCACUCCAGUGCAAUCUAAAGCAGAGACGACUUCAUUAACCUCUGAUGAGGAGUACAGCUUCCCAACUGGGUAUCCAGAGGCAACCAUCUAUAUCCACAUGCCUCCAGCAUAUGAAGACGUUGUGAAUAGUUGUGCAGACAGCCCACCCCUUGACUACUCUGACCCAGAGCCUUACUUUGACUGCAACCAGGCUGGAUCAGAUUUCUCAGAAACUGAACCCGAGACAAGUACUAGUGCAAAAGGAGAUCAGCCCAAGGAUCAUUAUAUUCAUCCAAGAGUGCUAAAAAAGGUGAACCAAAGAGUCUUGUUGUCCUCUGGAAGCGAAGAUUUUGAGGAUGCUUCUCUUGUCCAUGAGCCUUUUUUUAAGGUACAAGAAGAGAGUGAAGCGUUGUUGCACUACUCAGAAGCAUCGGAUGAAGAAUUCACCUUGUGCAAGGCUUCACAACCACCUACAGUCUUAAAAAAUGGAGAAUAUUGUGAUACUGAUACAUCUCUCACAAGGGAGAUCAGCGCAGAGCUCGGAUUAAUGUCAGAAAGUUCAGAUGAUGAAUUUUUGACCACCAGAAUAGUGCGAAGGAGGGUUGUCAUAAAGGCUGAUGAAAUGCCUGAAUUCCCCUCUCAGUCAGUGAUGGAAGAAACGUACAAAGAUGAAAAUGGACAUACUGUUGUCAAAAAGGUUACGCGUAAAAUAAUUCGCAAGUGUGUUUCCGCGGAUGGUUUGGAGCAUGAAGAGGUCUCAUCAGAGGGCGCUCCACAAGAGUCCAUCAGUAUGGCAGAGGGAGAUGGAUACUCUAAAGUUGUAAAGCGGACUGUACUAAAGAGUGAAGGAGAUCAAACAGAGGUAACAUUUGCUGAACGUGAGGGGUUUUCAGCAUCAAGUCAGGGGGCAGCUGAAGGUUGUAAGGUCAGUUGCAAGGAAAAGACAAUGAUGGUGGAGGGGGAAAGGCAAAUGACCCACCACGGUGAUCCAUCUUUGGCCUCUGACCUACCCUCUGCCCAGGAUGACUUCAAACAGGCACUAGGUUAUAUAAGUGGUUUUAGCAGAGCAGAGCUCCCUCAUGUGGUAGAGAGAGAGACUGUCAAAGAAGAUGGAACGGUUGUCAGGAGGGCCCGCAUGCGUAAAGGUUGCACCCACAGGCGAACAGUCGUGAAGGAGGCUGGGCAGCGCAAACAUGUCCUUCUAGAGCAAGUGGACAACCCUAGGAAAGGGUCAAAACCAAACGACCUCCAGCAGCAUCUCCACCAACUCUUUCACAGCUACUAUACAAAAGAAGAGGAGGACAACAAUGAGAAAAAGGAAGAGUAGAAGAGUGUGUAACCCUUCACAAGACCCUUGCUCUGCCCAUGCUAAAGUCCCAUCCUAAUCCUAUGCAUAAGCCACAUGCAAUCCCAGUGUGCACCACGGCACCUCAAAGCUACCACUAUGUUCCCAUUUUAGUCCUGGAAUAUGAUCUUUUCAUCACAAUUUGUUUUGCUUUCAUGUUCUGAUGUUGUUUUGCCUUUUUGUGACCAAAGAAAGCCUUCUGUAGUUUCCCUCAUUCGUUUUACUUACCAUGUCAUUUUUAUCUUGAUGCUGUGGUAGAACUACAUACAAAACACAAUAGGAAUACUUUCACAUCCACUAACUCACAAACCUCCUGAAGGUAAAGACACUUUACUUGCAAAAUACUGGUACUAUACUCUUUAAGAAGGUGCUUGGACUGAAAGACAAUAUCUCUCACACUGCACUGCCUCUCACAACCAGAGUUUCUCAGAUAUUCCUCACUAGAAAAUGAUCUCACUCACUGUACUAGCCUCUUGCUCUUUUGAUUCAGGUGAUCAAGAUGUCACACAGAGAAAACCAGACUGUAUCGACAGUGAAAUGUACUGCUGCUGCUGUGUUUUGUGCAGGCUAUGUGUAAUCUGUUUUUGGGAAUUAUAUAUUAUCUAUAAUCUAGACAUUACUGACAUCAGUAGCUAGCAAUUAAUAAUCACUAAUGUAAAGUAGAGAAGGCAUGACUAAUCAACAUCUGUCAUUAUGAUCCUAGCUUUGACUGCUUUGUAAUUCAAUGGAUUGCCCUUCUGCAUCUCUAUCCCUUCCUCAUUGUUCUAUCUUUCUGUGUUUUUAUGUUUGGCUUUUAUUUAUUCUUUUGGGCCUUUUUUUUCUUAAAUUCUUGUCUUGACUCAUACUGUAUGAAUCUGUGUAUGUUUUAAGUGUGAGCUAAAGAGAUAGUAUUGUCAGAAUUAUUAUAGGCUUAUUUUAAACUAUGGUUUUCAAGAUGUUUUGGUUUAUUUUUGUUCUUGAGUUAAGUUUACUAGUCAUUUUCGAUUACCAGCCUAAUUAAUCUCUAUUUGCCAGUGGUGAAUACAAUCAUCAUAGGCGUUUUAGAGUCACUUGUCUGAUAUGAAAAUUGGUUUUAUUUAAUUUUAGAUGUGAAUAGUUUAUCUUUUGAACACGUUUUGGACCAGUUUUUGGUAGUUGUGCUCUACUGUUUUUGAGUGAAUGGGUCUGUGUGUGCCAGUUUCUGUCAGCAAAGAAAAUAUACAACAUUAUUUUACACAACACUUAUAUGUCAGGAAGGAGUACCUCUAUGCUUUUUGUGUACAGGAAAUAUGGUAAAGUUAGCCACAGAGACAGUUUCAUGUUGGCUGGGCAGAUGAUAUUUACAUGAUACACAAGGCACACGCGCAAUGAGGCAGGUUGACAGCUUAACCAUACCAUUAUUCACAGCUCAGAGCAUCGCUACUGUAUGUAUCUACAACAUGUAAUGUAUUUAUUUCACUAUCACUGUUUACUUUGUGAUUUAGAAAAUGUUAAAUGCAAACUAGUGGAAGUUCACUGUGACAGGUAUGCUUUUAAUUUUGAAGAAUCAGCAUCCCUUUUCUGUGAUGAUGCCAGUUAUAUAAAUAUACAAUGCAUAUAUAAAUAUCUAUAAGGGCAUGUAUUACUGUAUCAAAAUGCAUAUAGACAAAAACUAAAUGGCUGCAGUGUGUCUAUGGCUGAUAGAGAAUAAAAGUCUACCAAUGUAAA